AUGCCUCAAUACUACCAGCCGUUGGUUUCCGACUCAAUGCCGCCGCUAUACUCAGCGGCGCUCACGGCGGCGUUAUCUACACCGCCUCACCAGCCGGUCAUCAUGCCAGCCGGGGUAAUGAAUGCACCUGUCACACCAGGAAACCAGGUAUAUUUUCCGAGGUAUUGUUACGCACCCCCUUAUGGGUAUUUACCCUCAUACGGGGGUUCGGCGUACCCUCUCCAGGGAACCGCGCAAGGAAGCACUCAAUCGCCAUACGCGGCUUACAUGCCGCCAUGGUGGAAUGUCCCAACUCCACAACCGAUGUAUACCCAAGCUCCGACUGAGCCCGCGUACGACAGAGGAAACGCGGUCAGGCCCCGGGUGACCCCAUUGGGAAACUCCAACCCAAUAGUAGGACUUGCCCCGGGUAUGGACGCUCCACCGGCACAGCCUGUAAAUGUGGAAGAAGAUGAGCUUACCAAACCGUACAAGCCGGUAGACGCGACGUUCCGGUCCAAAUUUACUCGUAGGAUCGCCGAGGCUCCUAUCAAGGAGAAACCCAAAAUGCCCCAAACGGUCGGCAAGUACGAUGGUCUCGCCGAUCCGGAUGAUCAUCUCAACUUAUUCAAGAGCGCCGGCGAAGUGGCCUGUUGGUCCAUGCCCCUAUGGUGCAAAAUGUUCGUACAAACUCUAGUAGGAGCGGCCCGAGUCUGGUGGGACAGCCUGCCCACAGGCGAAAUAGACAGCUUUGAAGAUUUGGAAUCAAAGUUCAACAAAGAAAGCUUGGUGAUCCCAGGCGUGACGAAUGAUCUGGCAUGUGGAGCUUUCCUCCAGGGAGUCAACGACGAUGAGCUAUUGAGAACGCUGCAUGGAAGGGAUGGUGUACGCCCAACCAUAGAUGAAAUACUUCGAAUAGCCAAAGUAUACGUUAUACAAGAGAAGGCGGUAGCAGCCAGUCACGCAGCCAAUAGGAAGAAAGAAGCCCUAAAGAAUCAGGAGGAAAAAGAUCACAGGGGAUUCAAAAGCAAAAAUAGGGGGGACCGAUACCAGAGAAACGACAAAGACUCGCGAUACGAUAGGCACCGAAACUCCUAUUCAAGGAACGAGCCGUCGAAACCUUGGUCUGAAUAUCCCAACUUAAGCAAGACACCGGCUGAAAUUCUAGCCUCAGAAAACCUCAGGCUUAAUCCACCAAAGCCGUUGAAAGACAACCCUAACAAGGAUACGAGUAAAUACUGCGAGUACCACAAAGGAAGCGGGAAUGACACCAAUGACUGUUUUCAGCUUAAGAAGCAGAUCGAAUACUUUGUGAAGUCAGGUAAAUUGGCACACUUAGUACGAGACAUCAAGCAAGGCCCGCCAGUGGUCAAGGAGGAGAAUGACAAAGCGGCAGGCAAAAGGCCGCGUGAAUUGAACAUGGCACACGCGGAUAUGGGAAGGGGGGCAAAGUGGAGUUUCUCCACGCUCGAGCCUUGGAUGUUGGCAACAAUGACCAUAGAACCUCGAAUGGAGGAUUUGCACCUCACCACAGAUGCCCUGAUCAUAUCCGCGGCAGUAGGAGACUACCGCAUGAGGCGAAUCCUAGUCGACACUGGGAGCUCAGAAGACAUUAUCUAUGAACAUUGCUUCAACAGAAUGCAACCAGAAGAUAGGAAGUUGCUUGAAUCAGUACAAGCCCCCAUCAAAGGUUUCACAGGGGAAAAGGUGGAUCCUAUUGGUCAAAUCACUUUCCUAGUAACCUUUGGGCAGUCACCCAAAGAAAGAACCAUACUACUAACCUUCCUCGUGGUCCGCGCUGAGUCGUACCACAAUGUGAUAAUCGGAAGAUUCACCCUGGGGAAAUUGGACGCCAUAGUCUCCACGGCGAGGGGUUUUAUGAAGUUCCCCACACCGCGAGGUAUCGCUACUGUGUUUCGUGAUAAAAUUGGAGAAGUACUAAGUACCAAAAGGUGCCGCCACGGGCCCACCGGGGCCACGGGCCCAGAAAGAUGGGUACUAAGCACACGACAUCCGGACCAAAUGGUCACAAUCGGGGACACUCUGUCCCCGGAAGUUAAAAACGACCUGAAGCAACUGUUAAAAAGAAAUGUGGACAUUUUCGCUUUCGAACACUCCGACAUGACGGGAGUCCCCCGUGAUAAAGCAGAACACAGGCUCGCCACACUCCCAGGCGUUAAGCCGGUUGCCCAGGGUAAACGUAGCAUGGCCCCGGACCGACGGGCGGCGGUCGUUAAAGAAGUACGAAAGUUAGUGGAAGCUGGAAUCCUUAGGGAAACGCAAUACCAUACAUGGGUAUCCAACCCGGUCAUGGUAAAAAAGCCAGAUGGCACGUGGCGAAUGUGCAUCGAUUUCAAAGACUUAAAUAAGGCGUGCCCAAAGGAUGCGUACCCGUUACCCGAGAUUGAUUUAAAGGUCGACUCCCUGGUACCUUACCGAUUCAAAUGUUUCCUGGACGCAUAUAAAGGGUAUCACCAGAUUAAAAUGUCCAAGGAAGAUGAAGAAAAAACAGCGUUUCAUACCGACGUGGGCAUCUUUUGUUAUACCAAAAUGCCUUUUGGGCUACGAAACGCAGGAGCUACCUAUCAGAGGCUCAUCGACAAGGUGUUCGAAACACAGAUUGGGCGAAAUUUGGAAGUCUACGUAGAUGACCUUGUAGUUAAAAGCAGCGAAGAAAAGCAGAUGUUAGCAGAUAUCGAAGAAACUUUUCAGUGA